UAAAAACACCGCACAUAUACUGUCGCACGUACAUUUUAUACUUUAUCACGCAACAAACUGCAGUAGAAUUAAAUAAUAAAGAGCAAAUUUAGAUUUACUUUUGUUAUUGUUGUUGCUAUCGUAGCGCUGUGCGCGAGUUUAACCUUAUAUGGAGGGGGAGCGUGUUAAGUCCCCAGAGUGGGACAUAGGUGGGACUAAUUUCAAGCACAACCCCCUAGUCCACUGGGACAUGUCGGAUGGGUGGAACGAGGACUUGAAGUGGAUGACAGCAACUGGACUGGUCAUCCCGCAGAGUUUUGACCGAAAUGCCAAAGUAUCAAAAAGUCAGGGCAAGAAAUCCGGUCGCAAGCGCUCCCAAUCGUCUCAUCAAAAUUCUUCCAACUUUGAAGAUGGUUUUUCAAAGUCAAAGCCAGAACUGAAAAGUGGGAAGAUCAAAAGAACGAAGGCAGAUGAAAGAACCUUUGACCGAUUAGUUGUUCACGGAUACGGGGAGUCUGCUGCUAGUCUCGAUAAAAGCCAAGAUGACAGCAGCAAGGAACUGACAACAUACAAAAUAGUUGUCACUACUGGGUCUGGAAAAGGAUCCGGCACCAGGGCUCCAGUGUACAUCCAGAUGAAGGGGGAGACAGGUGUGAAGUCAGUGAAGAAGCGGCUGGUGGACAAACGUCACGUGACCAAGAAGACGAACGAGAUGUGUUUCAGGGAGGGCACUGCAAUUGCAUUUCGAAUGCACAAUGAAGACAUAGGAGAGUUGCACAGCAUCAAAGUGGACAUAGACCAGGCGUUUGACGACGAGUGUUGGUACUGUGACACCGUUACAGUCAAGAACAAAGCAACAGGAAAACAGUGGAAGUUUCCUUGUCAUCAGUGGAUAGGGUGGAACACAGAGUUGGGAGAAACCUAUUGCAUCAUAGAGUCAGAACAGAAACAAAUUCAAGAGACUUUCACUCUAUACCAGAUAACCUCAGUCACAGGUUCGGGUGCUAAUGACGGGACCUGCGCAAACGUAGCUAUUACUCUCUAUUCGACCACCUCUGACACUGGUCCACUCAUUCUAGAAAGAAACAGUGAUGACAUUUUCCAGCCAUCCAAAACGGAUGUUUUCACGAUGGAAGCCAAAGAAUUAGACGACAUCAUCAAAGUCCGAAUCAAACUUCUCGAGGACGACCCAACGGCCUCUGAUUGGUUCCUGGAACGACUCGCCAUCAAAGUCAGAUCUAGACCGAACGUCGUUUACUACGCCGCAUGUUCCGACUGUGUGUCCCAGUUUGGAAACCCAACUGACCUGAGAGUCUCCACAAACCCUCUGGAGUGCUUGAAGUGCAACAGGUUCAAGGUCACAGUGUUCACUGGGAAAGGGAGGGACCAUGGGACUAGUGCGAAUGCUUUCAUCGUCCUCUUCGGGAGUACUGGUCACUCAGACGAAAUUCUUCUCCAAAAUGACGGAACUUGUUUUGAACAGGGCAUCGUAUCCGAAUUCUCUAUCAGCACUCCCUUCCUCGGGGGUUUCGUGCGCCAGAUGCGACUGAGUCAUGACAGAAGGGGAGACAGGCCAGAGUGGUUCGUGGACAAGGUCAUUCUGGACCAGCUAGAUGCGCCCAGGAGAGUGUAUGAGUUUGAGUGUAGAAGGUGGCUUUCUUCUGAUAGGGACGACGGCAGCAUCAGUUGUGUCCUCAAGCCGACUGGGUUCGAAGACAUGGCAGAUGAUUUGACUGACGGGGACGGACUGAAGUCGACUGCGAACACUUUUGUCAUCACUGUGAAGACCAAUCUGGAGAAACAGCGACUGGACUCAACAGACAAGUGCACAUGUCUCUAUGUCAUCCUCUACGGAGAACAGAAGACAGGCGAAAUGGAUGGAUACCUGCAAGUGUCUUCUCCCAAACUGUUCAUCAAAGACGACUUCGCCUCAUCUGACAAAGUGACUUACACUCUCACCUGCGACAAUCCCAGUCCUCUGACUCAACUGUGCAUCGGACUCAAGGACCACUCGCAGGAGACAUUCGUGGAUGACGUCAUAGUGUACUGUCCGGAGACAUGUAUUCAGCAGGUGUUCACGUGUGGUGGAUGGCUCUCGGACAGGAGGGAUAACAAGUUGACGGAGAGGACUUUGUUCGAAAGGAUGGAUGAACGAGUCAUCCGAAAGCCAAACAGAACCUGGACGACGGAGAUAAUUGGUAAAAACGAAGAUGUGGAAGUUGAAGGCGAGCUGAAGUUGGUGUUUUGGGGGAGAGAAGGUCGCACCUCGAUGCAUACUAUCAUCAAUCCACGUUUCAACGAGCAGAUAACACUGUCAUUAGAAGACGUCGGAACUUUCUUCAAAGUUUCCCUUGAAUUCAAUCCAAAUGACUGUGGCGAUAACUCCGAGAUAUUCAUCAAGAGACUCUUUCUCAAUGGAAAGAAAAGACGCGAAGAGUAUCAGUUUGAAUUCAAACAACUUUUGUCGGCCGCUAGAGGGCCAUUUUACUCUUUGGCAACUGAUGUUCCUGCAUUCAGUGAUGGUUUGAAAGUGAAGCAAGCUAAAGUAGAGGAAUAUAAAAUAUCAAUCAAGACUUCGGAGACAAAAGGUGCUGACACUUCGGCACAGGCGUCUCUGGCUCUGGUGGGGAGUAAGAGUGACAGUGGGUACAGGAAGUUGUUCCUCAACCCUCAAAUCAACCCAGAGUCUCAUUCUAUUUUUCGCACAGGGCAAACAAACUACUUCGCCUUUAACUGUGUACAGCUGGGAGAAAUUGAACACAUUAUUCUCGGUCAUGAUGGCAAAGAAUCCGAACACGAUUGGCUGGUGGAGGAAGUGAUAGUCACGCCCCCUCCCGACUCAAAAGAGGACAGGCUGCUGUUCCCCUGUGGCCGGUGGAUAUCGGCAACCAAACACGACCGUCACACCCAGAUUACACUCUACCCAUUGGGCAAAGGUGGAGGCAAGGCAUUCUGCAGAGACUACAAGGUGCGGGUUCUAACAGCAGAUGUUCCAGACACUAUUGCAGACAUUGGAUCUGCCUUCAUUACCCUCAUCGGGACCAAAUCCGAAGCUACCAGUCUUAAACUGACAAAUCAGAAACAAACAACGACCGCCGGCGACAUUUUCAAACCAGGACAAUGGGCCGAAUUCGUUUUCCGAACUGCUGAACUCGGUGAAAUUCACCAAAUAGUGAUUGGCCACGAAGACGAAGAUAAAAAGUGGUUCGUGGAUAAAAUCGAAGUUUUCUGUGAACAAAGAUGUGAAAAAAUGUCUUUUCAUCCGCAAAGAUGGCUCGCAAAAAGCGAAGGCGAUGGAUGUUUAAACGUUUCAGUAGAUCCUUCUGAAGCUAUUCACGGACAGCCGAAAACUAGAUACGAUUUGACUAUCGAAACCGGACAGCAAGGCACAACUGGUGAUGUUUUCCUGACCUUAUUUGGAAGUUGGGGUAAAACUGAAGAAGUCUCUUUGCGAAAGUCAACGCACCAUUUCCAGUCUAACGGAAAAGAUCAUUUUGAUUUUCAAGAAACUGAUGUGGGCGAAAUAGAUAAAAUCAGAUUUAGAUAUGUGCCAAACGAGCUUGAAAGUUGGGAUUUAGACUUAGUCAAAGUUAUGAGAAAUGCUCCAAUAAAAUUAGACAGAUUGUCUGAGAAGGAAUGGAUGAAAAAAGGCGUUUCAGUAAGGCACAGUUUUGACAACCGAAAGCCCAAUGAUUUUUCAAAUGUUAAAUUUGACGUGAACUAUCUAUUUAAGUGCAACCAACAUUUCCGACCGACAAAAAUUAAUGCGAAACCGGUUCUAGAGUUUGUGCCUGAAAGUAUGAAAAAAUCUUCAAGAAGAAAAGAAGCAAAAACUGAGUCCUAUGACGUACUAAUUCAAACAGGUUCAAAUUCAGGGAAAACUCAAGACUUAAAAGAAAAUAGCUUUGCGAUAAAUCUAAUCGGGGCUCGUGGCGAUACUGGCUUCCGUGAAUUUUCAGGCCAGAUUUCUGAUGCUGGAAAAUUGAUCACAUUGACGGUUGAAACUUUAAAUAUCGGCAUGCCUGAAAAGGUGAUUCUUAAAGUCAAUGGUUCGCUCAAGUGGAAUGUAGAAACUGUCAGUUUACAAACAUCUAAAAAGGAGUUUUUCUUUCCAGCUGAAGUUUCGUUUGACGUCUACAACGAAGUUUCAGGGCAGAUAAAUCACACAUUAACUCCUAUGAACAAAAACUUUGUGAAAAACUUCCAAGAUAAACAGAAAAAAUCAAAAGGAAAAUGGAGUUUACGGUCCAAAUUUGGAUUAGAAAUGACAAUGGGAAAAGUUCUUUACAAAGUGAAAACAUUUGCAAAAUCUUUCGACGGCCUCGAAAAAUCAGACGGUGAUGUUUACAUGCACCUAAUUGGGAGUUUCUCGAAGUCAGAGAAAUUCAUCUUGAGCCAGUCAUUAUUACACAAUACGGCAUUCAAGUCAGGGCAAAUGGACGAAUUUGAUUUGGAAACAUUUGAUCUUGGAGCCAUCGAGUCUAUUCAUCUGGGCUGGAAACCAAAAGGUGCUUCUCACAAGUUUCCCUUUGAGAAAAUCCAAGUGAGGUCAGGUCAAAAAGGAACCCAAUGGUCGUUUGCUGAAAGUGGUUCUGCCCAAGAUGUUGAUCAAACCAAGAACCCUUCAGGGUACUGUGAACGAGUUCUGAACUACCUUCCUGCCUUCGUGAACACUUUUAAACCGAUGCGAUUUUAUGAAAUCAGGAUCAAGACUUCUGAUUCGAUCACAGAUGGCUCUACUGAUGCUAACGUGUACAUUCAGUUGUACGGGGAUGACUUGAAAAGCGAAGUUGUGAAUAUGGUAUCAAGGAAAGAUCUGAGGAGCAACUGUUUCAAUUUGGGCUCCGAAGACGUCUUCAUCAGGGAAAUGGAGAACAUUGGAGACUCUAUUCGCAAAAUUCGCAUAGGCCACAACAACUCUGGAUUUAAGCCCGGAUGGCAUCUGGCAUGGGUAGAGAUACGAGAACUGCUCGGAGAAUACGACUCCCUCUGCUACCGAUUCGAGUGCAACAGAUGGCUGGCCCGAAGCGAAGACGACAAAGCAACCGAGAGAGAACUAAAUCCAACUAAAAUUUGGGCUCUCAAAUAUGAUGCAAAUGGGAAUCUGGAGAAAACUGAGAAGACGGUGGAGAAGUUAGCCAUCAAACAAUACAAAGUGCACGUGUACACAGGGAGCGUACCAGCAGCAAAAAUUAAGGGAGCAGGUACAGAUGCGAAUGUGUUCCUGACCCUGUUCGGGGAUCUGGGCGACACCGGCGAGAGGCCUCUGAAGCACUCGGACUCUAACAUCAACAAGUUUGAGCAGAAUGACGUGGAUGUGUUCACACUGGAGGCUGCCGACCUCGGACAACUCUACAAGUGUUUCGUCAGACACGACAACAAGGGUGUGGUUGGAGCUGCUUGGUUUCUGGGCAAGAUAGAAGUUGAAACUUCAUCGUCGCCCGACAAGAAGACAGUGUUCUUCUGUGAGAGAUGGCUUUCUAAACAAGACGAUGACAAAAAGAUAGAGCGAACCCUCUACGCACAAGGCUAUCAUGGCUCACUAAUUGGGGAGCAUGACUUCACACUGGCUGACCACGUUUUGUACUAUGUGAAGGUGAACACAGGGCGUGAACAAGACAUGGGCACUAAUGCAAGUGCAUUUGUAAACUUGUUCGGAGCAGAUGGGAGUAACACAGGGAAGAUGGCGUUGCGCCACACGACUGAGACCCAGUUCAAGCCCUCUUCCUCGGAGGAGUUCCAGAUGUGGGCUGCCAGAGUGGGACAGAGUGUGCGAAGGGUGGAUGUGAGUCAUGAUGGACUGGGGGAGGGACAGGACUGGUUCAUAGAUAGUGUGGAAGUGAACAUUCCGCAGAUGGGCAAAAACUACAUAUUCAAGAUGAACGAGUGGAUUGGAGCUUCAAAGGGUGGCGGGAAGCUGGAAAAAACUCUAAUUGCUUCAGACACAGAAACAGUCAACUACGUGCCAAGGGAGACUUAUCUUCUAACAGUUCACACCGGAGACAAAUUCCAGGCAGGAACAGAUUGCAGAAUCACAGCUACAUUCUUCGGAACAAGCGGGACUUCGGAUCCGAUCACGCUUCCAAAGAACGAGAGUCGAUUCGAACGCGGUCGCAAAGACAGCAUUCUGGUUAAUUUCGACGAUAUAGCAAAUUUGGUCAAAAUGCGACUUACUGUUACUUCUAGUGGAUAUAGAACUGGCUGGUUCCUGGAAAAAAUAGUUGCUCAAAAAAUCGGAAAAUACCAAUCAGAACCUGUGACGUUUAGUUACAACGACUGGCUCAACUCGAAAACAAAAAACACUUCAACAGUCACGAUUAUUGGAGAAAGUUCGGGCAACAAACUAUUGACUAACUGCGGAUACGAGGUUUCGGUUUCAACUUCGGAUAAACGAGGAGCAGGUACUGACGCAAAUGUUAAUUUGAUACUUUUUGGAGAAUUUGGCGACAGCGGAGAAUUGGCUCUGAAAGAGUCGAAGACAAACAAAAAUAAAUUUGAGAGUAAUCAGACUGAUAAAUUUGAGUUUGGGGACUUGGAGGAUUUGGGCCAGUUGCAGAAAGUGAGGAUUUGGCACGACAACUCUGGAUUGGGAGCUUCUUGGCACCUAAAAGAGGUGAUUGUGCGCAACAUGAAAACCAAUACCACCACCAAAUUCGCAUGCGACAAAUGGCUCUCGAGAAGCGAAGACGACAAACAAAUAUCACGGGAACUGUUCAGUCAUCAAACUGAAAAGUCAAACACACGGCAGGACUCAAUGGCAAAAUUCAGGGCUGUUAUCUCACUGAAGCCAAGCGCCAAAAAUUCUAAGUACCCGAACGGAAACCUAACCUUUCAACUAAAAAGUUACGGCAAAGAAACGGGAUUAGUUGAGAUACCAGUGAACCAAAAAACAAUUUCUAAAAACAGUGAAAUAGAACAUGACUUUAAAGAUACAAAUCUGACCAACGUAACUGAUAUGCUGGUGAAUUUUGUGCCUGCAGUGGAUGGCGAAUCCGUUUUCUGCCAAUCGAUUCAGUUGGCUAAUUUGACAUCGAGAGUGAACUUCACUUUCGUGAUUGAGUCUGAGCUUCCAAACGACAAAAGUCCCUAUGAGCCGAUGUUCAUUCAGCCGAAAGACAACCCAAGCGACAGAAAGAGCGCAAUGGCACAGCAGAUUGCAUACGAAAUCAAGGUUUUCACAGGCAGCAAAAUUGGAGCAGGGACUGACUCCAAUGUGUUUAUAACAGUGUUUGGCAGCAAAGGCAACAGUGGCAAACACAAACUGGCAGACUCCAAGGAGAACAUCAACAAAUUCGAGAGAAAACAGCUGGAUUCGUUCGAUUUGAAGUUUGGCGACGUCGGAGAAAUGCAGAAAAUAAUCAUCGAGCAUGACAAUUCCGGGCAAGGUGCUGCCUGGUAUUUGGACCGCGUAGAAAUACUAGACAAAAACCGAGAGCAAACUUCGGUGUUUCCAUGUCAAAAGUGGUUCGACAAAACGAAAGGCGACCAACUAAUAUCACGAGAGUUGUUUGCGCGCCAACAGAAGAAAUCAGACAAUACCCUUAGCAAGAAGUGAGCUGAAAACUAACAACAACGGAGCAUCUAUUUUUAAACAUUGUAUGAAUAUAAUUUGCUGUAUUAAAUAUAAGAAUCGAGAGAUUUAUGGUAACAUCAUAACAACAAAAUAUGCACAAAUUCAAUUAUUAUCAUAGCCGACAGACAGUUGGAAAAGUGU